UAAUAGCUUAGCAAAAAAACAACAACAACUCAAGAUGAACACACAAGUCAGUGGUAGUCACGACCCUUCCUUCACGCGUUUUGCACUUGUAGCUAGCGAUAGCUCUCCUUGCCACUGACUUUCAUUUUAGCGAGUAUUAUUUCAUAACCUCGGGUUCUUUGGGUAGGUAUAACUAGCUAGUUAUAUAAUUUGAAGUAGUCUUCUGAUACUUUAAUGUGGUUCUUAAUUAGCUACUGAGCCUAACGAGUUCAAACCGUCUAGAACUAAACCUAGCGUUAGCUAUCCUAGCAUGUUAGCCCUUAAUCUCAUUGAGACGGCAGGUCUAGCUAGGCACAGUACAUAUCUUUUUAAAAAGGCUAACUGAUUAGCCUCAUCAUUUGCUGGAUAAUUCCACCUUCUAAUAUAUUGCAUUAUUUUAUCGGAGGACCCAGGGUGUGGCAAGAAAAUAUUCCCCACACCAUCACUCUGCCUGCACAAGCCUGAACUGUUGACUUCUGACUGGAAGGGACGCUAAUUUCCAUACAGGGAAGUUCAAAGGAUGGCUGAGAGCAAAGGCACAUUCGACUUUGCUAUUGACCGCGGCGGAACCUUCACUGAUGUGUUUGCUCGCCUGCCAGAUGGGAGAGAGCGAGUCCUUAAACUGCUCUCUUAUGACCCCCAGAACUAUCAGGAUGCCCCCACCGAGGGCAUCCGUCGGGUACUGGAGGAGGAAACUGGACGCAGCUUCCCACGGGACCAGCCCCUUGACACCUCUCUGAUUGGCUGGAUUAGAAUGGGCACCACAGUGGCCACCAAUGCCCUACUUGAGCGGCAGGGAGAGAGGACUGCCCUCCUAGUGACGCGUGGGUUUCGGGACCUGCUGCACAUUGGCACCCAGGCCAGGCCAAACCUGUUUGACCUGGAGGUGUGUAUGCCUGAGGUUCUUUAUGAAGAGGUGAUUGAAGUGGAUGAGAGAGUUGUUCUUAGGCAAGAUGGCUGUCAACUGCCCAGGAUGGAGCCCAAACGUUUAGUCACAGGCAGUACGGGUGAGGUCCUGGAGGUUUGGCAGGAGUUGGAUCUGCAGCAUUUGGAAAGGGAGCUGAGGGGAGUACUAGCCAGAGGAAUCAGCAGCCUGGCUGUGCUACUGCUGCACUCCUACAUAUGGCCUACUCAUGAGAAGGCUGUGGGUUUGUUGGCACGGCGACUGGGUUUCACGCAAGUGUCUCUGUCCAGUGAGGUGAUGCCCAUGAUCAGGAUGGUACCCCGUGGUCACACUGUGUGUGCUGAUGCUUACCUCACACCAAAAAUACGCCACUACCUGACCGGCUUCACCUCAGCCUUCAAGGGUGGGCUGAAAAAUGUGGAUGUGUUAUUCAUGCAGUCUGAUGGGGGUCUGACUCCGAUGGAGCAAUUCUGUGGCUCACGGGCAGUACUCUCUGGACCUGCAGGGGGUGUUGUGGGCUAUGCUGUCACCUCCUACAAUUCCACCUACAAUAAGCCUGUAAUUGGCUUCGACAUGGGAGGUACGUCGACAGACGUGAGUCGCUAUGCGGGUCAGUAUGAGCACGUGUUUGAGGCAAGGACAGCAGGAGUUACACUGCAGGCACCGCAGCUGGACAUCAACACAGUCGCAGCAGGAGGGGGAUCUCGCCUGUUCUUUAGGUCUGGGAUGUUUAUUGUCGGGCCUGAGUCUGCUGGUGCUCACCCUGGCCCUGUGUGCUACAGGAAAGGGGGCCCUCUCACGGUUACCGAUGCUAACCUGGCCCUAGGCCGUCUGUUGCCAGACUUCUUCCCGCACAUAUUCGGACCAGGAGAGAACGAGCCCCUGUCCGUGGAGGAAACUAUGAGGCACUUCCAGCAGCUCACGCAUGACAUCAACCACUUCCUAUCCAGCAACCAACCACCGUGCGAUGCCAACAGAACUACCCAAUCAUACGGUGACAUGCUAAAAGGUGCCAAAUCAGAAAUGAGUGUGGAGGAGGUUGCCAUGGGAUUCAUCAGAGUUGCAAAUGAGGCCAUGUGUCGUCCAAUCAGAGCUCUGACUCAGGCUAAGGGUCAUGAUACAUCCCUGCAUGUGCUGGCAUGUUUUGGUGGAGCUGGAGGUCAGCACGCCUGCGCCAUUGCCAGGACUUUGGGCAUGAACACUGUCCUCAUUCACAAAUACAGUGGGGUUUUGUCUGCAUAUGGUCUAGCUCUGGCUGAUGUUGUGGAGGAGAGACAGCAGCCCUGUUCUCUGCACUACAGGGAGAACUCAUACUCCGAGCUUGACCGCCACAUUCAGGAACUCUCCCAGUGCUGCCAGGAGGUACUGCUUAAACGUGGCUUCAACAGGUCUCAGAUCAGUAUGGAGGUGUUUCUGCACAUGCGCUAUGAGGGAACCGACUGUGCUCUCAUGGUCAGUGGCAGCAGCUGCCCCGCACACACUCACUCCUGCCAGUCUGGAGACUACUACACCGCCUUCACUAAACGGUACCUGAAGGAGUUUGGUUUCACCAUUCCAGACAGGCCUGUAAUGGUAGAUGAUAUCCGUGUGCGAGGAUCAGGGACGUUUGGCAUCAGAUCGAUGACGGUUGGAAAGACAGGACAUGAAGCUCCUAGACCAGCUAAGGUGACACGGUGCUACUUUGACGAAGGCUACUUGGACACCAGCGUGUACCUGUGGGAAGACCUGACGUGUGGCUAUGGCAUUGAGGGACCUGCCAUAAUCAUCCAGAAGAACAGCACUAUCCUGGUGGAGCCAGGCUGCAGGGCAGAGCUAACAGUGGGUGGAGAUGUGUGCAUCAGUGUGGGCGGAGACAGCCCUACUGUACUGGGAACAGAAUUGAACGCUGUGCGCCUGUCCAUCUUCUCACAUCGCUUCAUGAGCAUCGCAGAACAGAUGGGCCGUGUGCUGCAGAGAACAUCCAUCUCAACAAAUAUUAAGGAGCGUUUGGAUUUCUCCUGUGCUGUGUUUGGACCUGACGGUGGCCUGGUGUCCAACGCGCCACACAUCCCUGUGCAUCUGGGAGCAAUGCAGGAGACUGUGCAGUACCAGUUGAAGGCUCUGGGUAACAGUUUAAAAGAGGGAGAUGUGAUUCUCAGUAAUCACCCGUGUGCUGGAGGCAGUCAUCUCCCAGACCUCUCUGUCAUUACUCCGGUAUUUCACCCUGGUGUGAGUGGUCCUGUGUUUUUUGUAGCCAGUAGGGGGCAUCAUGCAGACAUAGGGGGAAUCACACCUGGGUCUAUGCCCCCACACUCCACCUCUCUGCAGCAGGAAGGGGCAGUCUUCACUUCCUUUAAACUCGUCACUGAGGGAGUCUUCCAGGAGCAGGCUGUCACCGAUGCCCUCAUGGCUCCAGCUCAGUACCCAGGAUGCUCUGGAACACGUAAUCUCCAUGACAAUCUGUCAGACCUCCGGGCUCAGGUAGCAGCCAAUCAGAGAGGGAGCCAGCUGGUGGGGGAACUGAUUGACAGCUAUGGAUUGACUGUGGUCCAGGCAUACAUGGGCUACAUUCAGAGCAAUGCGGAGCUGGCUGUUAGAGACAUGCUGAAAGACUUUGCCCGUCACAGACAACAGCAAACUGGCUCCCUAGAGGUGGAGGCAGAGGAUCACAUGGAUGAUGGAACUCCAAUCAAAUUGAGAGUCCAGAUAAAUGAACAGGAGGGGAGUGCUGUGUUUGAUUUCUCAGGUACUGGGUUUGAAGUGUGGGGGAACUGUAAUGCCCCUCGCGCAAUCACUCUCUCAGCUCUCAUCUACUGUUUACGGUGUAUGGUGGGCCAGGACAUUCCCUUAAACCAGGGGUGUUUGGCCCCCAUCAAAGUCAUCAUUCCCCCCAGAUCCAUCCUGCAGCCAUCUCAGAAUGCUGCGGUCGUUGGGGGCAAUGUGCUGACCUCACAAAGAGUGGUGGAUGUGAUCUUCAAGGCGUUUGAAGUGUGUGCCGCCUCCCAGGGCUGCAUGAACAACGUGUCCUUUGGCAGUGAGAAGAGCGGUUACUAUGAAACUGUUGCUGGUGGUGCUGGGGCAGGGCCAGGGUGGAAUGGGCGGAGCGGUGUCCACAGUCACAUGACCAACACGCGCAUCACUGACCCAGAGAUUCUGGAAAAGAGGUAUCCAGUGAUUUUAGAGCAGUUUUCUCUCAGGCCUGGCUCUGGAGGCCGAGGUUGUUACCAUGGUGGUGAUGGCAUAAUCAGGAAGCUUCUGUUCCGGAAAAAAGUGGUGUUAUCAGUCCUGACGGAAAGGCGAUCUAUGCGACCUUAUGGUCUGCAUGGAGGGGAGAAUGGAUCUCCAGGUCUGAACCUCUUACACAGAGCUGAUGGCAGAGUGCUAAACCUAGGAGCAAAGACCACAAUCAACCUCGAGCCUGGGGACAUGUUUUCUCUGCACACCCCUGGAGGAGGUGGUUAUGGGAGAGAGGAGGAGAGGAAGGAGGACACCCAAACGUCCUCCAGUCGACUGCGUCUAAACAAAGCCUUCUCCGAGAGAGGCAGUGUGUUUGAAUUCCGCCGUGCUCAGGAGUGUGUGUGAAUCCCUGACUGUGGUGUGACCUCUACCCAUAGAAGCCCGAAGUAAAGUCACAACUCUGACUUCAGAUCAGUCUAGUGGGCCCCUGCAGAUUAUCCCCUAUAGAGUGAAGCCUUGUUUUACCAUUUAUUUUUUGACAGGUUGGAUAUUUGCUGUUUGUGUUUGGAUAUGCUGGCCCAUGGCCUGUAACUGGUUAAAGAGCUACCCAGCUACCCUGGGAAGAUGUCAGAGUAGUCCUCAGACCUGUAUUCAUGGCCUGUUUCGGGCAUUCAUGGCCUGGUUAAGGCAGGUUGGGAGGUAAGAUCAAGCAGAAAAGUGGACCAUCUGCCCUCCCAAACACUGUGUCAGGAAGCACCAUUGUGCAGCGUAUACUGUCAGUAGACAUGGAGGAUGAAUGCAAUGCAUUACAUUCAAGCAGCAGUUCUACAAAACAUCGUGGGUACUUUUAAAUAUGCUGUGAAUACAUUGAUGAAAUAAGGGUGAUCAUGUCAUCUUAAGAUAUUUGAAUUGCCUUUACCUUUCUUGGAACUGAACCAGAGUCAUGAACAACAGCAGAUUUAGAAAGCAUAAACACCAUCACUUAAAAGUCAAUGUUUUUUAACAUAAAAAUCAGAAAAUAACAGAAAACCAUCCAUAUCAAAAUACUGCAUGUAAAAAAAAAAAAAUGCAUUUUAAUAAACUCUUAUCAUAAUGCAUAUCAGUUAUCUAACAGUUAUGUAAGUCUAAUGUGAUUUGGCAGUGUUUUAACCCUGUGUGUUUGUGCUUUUUUGGUUGAGGGUUCAAUGUUCUCAGACGAAUUUAUUGGACAGACUGACUUGUGUUGUUAUUAUUAUUAUUAUUAUUAUUAUUAUAUGUAGCUAUCAAAACAUCCUCAGGAAAUCACAACCAAAACUCUGACCUUUAAUAGGGUUAUCAGCCUGAGCGCAUUAAUGACCCUCAUGGCACCCAUAAAAGGGCAAGACUUCCUUGGUGGAGUCUUGUAUGUUGCUUUAAUAACUACUGAAAAGACUAAACUUUUCUAAACAGAAUGGACUGUGAUCUAACACUGGGAUUAUAUGAAUUUGAAAAUGAGAAAAUGAGUGGUUACCUUAUGGUGCAGAUCCUGGUGAUGGUUGUCAGACACAUGUAGUCAUUCAGGUCAUUGCAUUGUCUAGAUAAGGUGACUGGACUAGUAUCGUAACAUUAAAGACAUUUAACACUCAUUCA